ACCGGACCCGGCGGGAUGAGCGAGGCGGAGACGGCGGCAGCUGCCCCGGCGGUGGAUGCGGCGGGGGUCGGGGUGGUGUCGCCCGGGGGUGACCUGCAGAAAUCCGGCGUUGGCGGUGGUGGGAUGGGAGGGGGAGUGGGAGCCGCCCCCGCCCCGCCCCCCGCCGGGAUCCCCGCAGCUCCGGGCCCCGCAGCCCCAGGCGCCCCGACGACUGCAGCCCCGGGGACCCCCGCACCCCCCGCCCGGAGCCAGGCGGACAAACCGGUGCUGGCAACCCAAGUUCUGGGCACUGUCAAAUGGUUCAACGUCCGAAAUGGUUAUGGAUUCAUCAACAGGAAUGACACCAAGGAGGAUGUCUUUGUCCACCAGACAGCCAUUAAAAGAAACAACCCUCGGAAGUUUCUGCGCAGUGUUGGGGAUGGGGAAACAGUGGAGUUUGAUGUCGUGGAAGGAGAGAAGGGUGCAGAAGCUGCUAAUGUGACUGGUCCAGGGGGGGUACCAGUGAAGGGCAGUCGCUAUGCUCCCAACCGACGCCGUUUUCGUAGAUUUAUUCCCCGGCCACGCCCUGCUGCACCCCCACCCCUGGUGGCAGAGGCCCCUACAGGGGUAGCAGAGCCAGGUAGUGAAGGGGAACGUGCUGAGGAUCCUAGUCAGCGACCUCGACGACGACGCCCACCCCCCUUCUUUUACCGACGACGUUUUGUCAGGGGCCCUAGGCCCUCCAACCAGCAGCAGCCUAUGGAGGGAACAGAUGGGGUAGAGCCCAAAGACCCAGCCCCCUUAGAAGGGGAUCAGCAGCAGGGAGAUGAACGGGCACCUCCACCCAGAUUCCGACCCAGAUAUCGAAGGCCUUUCCGUCCUCGGCCUCCACAGCAGCCCACCACAGAAGGUGGUGAUGGAGAGACCAAACCCAGCCAGGGUCCCACAGAUGGCUCCAGGCCUGAGCCCCAGCGCCCAAGAAAUCGGCCUUACUUUCAACGUAGGAGGCAACAGCCUCCGGGUCCCCGGCAGACUGCAGCCCCUGAGGCUGAUAACAAAGAGCCAGUACCCCCGGGCCCACCCCCAGCAGGUGCCCCUACCCAUCAGGAGACCCCAGUGGAGGCAGUCAAGCCCAUCCCACCUCCUGCGGACACACCUUCCCAGCCCCGCUUGGAGCCACAGCACCAGCUUGUGGAUACCUCAACCCCUAUAACCAGUGGGGACUCCCCUACCACCUUACUGGAGUGAUUCCAACUAGGGGGACAACUAGAGCAGCUAUCUGGUAUCUGCCGACUUUUUCCAACUGCUCCUUCCCUGUCUCCCUCCCCCCCUCCAAAAAAAUCCAUGACAUUGAAACAGCGGCCUUCACCCUGUCCCCUCCUUCCCAGGACCCAGGAGGGUAGAACAACUUUUUAAUUUGGUUCAAACCCCCCACCCCCACCCCCAAGGGUGGAAGGAAGGGAGUACAUCCUUUGUCCACUGGAGCCAGAUCUCCCUUCCCCCCCACCCCAGUUUAUUUUUUGGGUCUUCUCCCUCCCCCUCCCCAAACUCUGAAGCCAUUUGGUGAAAUGUCAUGUGCCACCUGAGCCUCCAGUAAAAAAAAAAAAAUUUGCACAGCU